CGGUGUGACUUUAUUUGUGCUUGGCGUAGAAUGCAUCACUCCAGUCGCUACAUGUAACCGGUUCCGCUCGAUUUACUUUCAUUUGUCGACGAAGCGUCAAUUGGACAGGAAGGUUCGACCAAGCGUCGCUCAUCGCUUAGAACUGGUAUCAAAGCUCCUAUCAGAAGCCUACCGGUAGUGGAGACGUGCAGUUGCUCGCAACAGUGUGUGUGCUGGUGUGUGUGUGUGAGAGAGAGAGAGAGAGAGAGAGAGAGAGAGAGAGAGAGUGUACAGACGUGUCAAGAAUUAUUCGUGAAAGCAAGAAAUUGCAACCGGGACUGAAGUGACGUACGAUCAAAGAUGAUGCAGCAAAAGUGUCCCAACAUUCCGACAGUGUUUGCCGGGGCGGAUGUGUUCAUUACGGGGGGAUCGGGAUUUAUGGGCAAAGUGCUGAUCGAGAAGUUGCUACGAUCAUGUCCACAGAUCGCACGUGUUUUUGUGCUAAUGCGUGCGAAAAGGGGCAAAUCGCUCGACGAACGUCUGAAGACGAUCACCGACGGAGUGUUGUUCGAUGUGUUGAAGAGCAAACAUCCCGAAUCGCUGAAAAAGAUACACCCGAUCGAGGGUGACUGUACACAGCUGAAGCUGGGCAUGUCCGCCGAGAGCAUGGAGCGGAUGAGCGAGGUGCAGUUUGUGUUUCAUGCUGCCGCCAGCGUACGCUUCGACGAUCCUCUGAAGGACGCCAUCCUGAUCAACACCCGCAGCACACGCGAAGUGUUAGAUUGGGCGAAAACGCUCGGCAAGCUGAGGGCCGUGGUACACAUCUCGACUACCUACUGCAAUCCGGAGCUGAUGCGCGUCGAGGAGAAGAUCUAUCCGCCCAAGAUGGACUGGAGGGAAGCGAUCAGGAUGGCGGAAUCGUUCGAUACAGCCGUGCUGGAAACGGUCAAAGAGAAACUGACACAGUUCGCUCCGAACACGUACACCUACACGAAGGGACUGGCGGAACAGAUUUGCUACGAAUACCGGCACGAUAUACCGCUGGUCGUGUUCCGGCCGUCCAUCGUGACCAAUUCCGAAACCGAACCGCUCACCGGCUGGGUGGACAAUUUUAACGGCCCCAUAGGAUUGCUGCUCGGCUGUGCGUCCGGCGUCGUACGGGCAGGGUUGCUCGAUCUGGAGAAACGCAUCAACUGCAUCCCGGUGGAUGUGAGCAUCAAGGCUAUUAUCGUCGCUGCCUGGAAGCGGGCCACGCUAGACGAGCCGGGCACACUGUCGGUGUACAACAGUGCGGCGGAGCCCGAGAAGACGAUCAACUACGGCACCAUGCUGUACGACGGAAAGGUACUGUUCGAUCGUACACCCUUAAGCAACAUGCUGUGGGCUCCCGGCGGUACCACCACGUCAAACAAGUACUUGUUCUACCUCAUAUUUUUCUGCUGCCAACUGCUGCCCGCCAUACUGGUGGACGCUCUGUUACGCGUUGCCGGCAAAGCGCCAUUUUUGCUGAAGCUGAAUCGCAAGAUUUUUGACGCACAAGUUUCCCUGAGAUACUUCAUGAACAACGAGUGGGUGUUUACCAACGAAAACUUCAAGCAGCUCGAGUACACGCUAACGAACGACGACAGGAAGGACUUUUCGACCAACUACUUCGUGCGGGGCAUGAUGGAGUACUACGAGAGCGCCAUCCUCGGUGGCCGACGAUACUUGCUGAAGGAGCCGGACGAGAACAUAGCGGAAGCGCUGAAAAAGUACUGGCGUUUGCGUGUGUUGAACUUUUCGCUCAAAUGUACACUAGUAUUCCUAAUGGCGUACUGCGUGUACAGUAGGUACUUAGUAUAGGCGAAGCUACCGACGGUGGUGUAGUGCAGGGCGGAAGUCCUUCGAUGAUUAGAAAGUAUGGAAAUUUCGACCGAAGCUGCUCACUUCCCGUUUAAUACAGCUGCAACUGGAGCGUAAUCGAAUGUUUCACUCCGAUUGAACCACCACUCAACUCGGUACGCGCUCUCGCUCUCUAGUAACAAAUUAUUGUUUUCGCUACAACGUUCCGCGAUUGCCCAGUUGGCUCCUGCUUAGUCGCGGGGGUCGUGCAGAAACGGUUUUAGAAUAGCUAAUCAAUAUGCAAAACAGUGUGAGUGUUUGGCCUACCGCUCCCCACUUAAAUCACCAAUGAAUACGCAAGCAGUGCACGCCGCCACAUUCGAACGAGCCAGACGAACGCACUACGGUCGCGCGUGGUCUUCCAGUUGCCGCCAGCCGAUGCGCGUGCUAGACGCUAGAAAAGGUCGCCCCGAGGUACGAUUGAGACGAUUGCACUUCGUGGCAAACCAUGAAUGUGUUAAUUUUCGGCAAACGUUUAGCUGUCCGUUUCAUGCUUUUCCUACAGGGUUUGGCUCCAUCAAAAGCAGCGUGGCGGCGGUGUGGUUUUACCGUUGCAUCGUAUACACUCUAAAGCAUCAGCAAAGCGAUUUUAUAUUACAGAACGUUCCAUUGCGUAAUCCAAUACCGAGAAAGUGGCAGAUUAUGGCGAAUUAAAGCAUAAAUGAUACCAGAAAAGAACCUUUAUGAAAAGAUUUCCGCUGUUAAACUUCAAUCUAAAACAAUAAGUAAAAUAAAGACAUUUAAAACUAUA